AAAAGCUUGACAUAACGCGUCAUUUCCAGCAUGGAACCAAAAAAAAAUUCUGCAAGCGAAGAAGCGCCAGCCCCUAUCGCAACUGCCAGUGGACCAUCAGAUGCAUCGUUGCAACCAAAAUACCUAAGUAAGAGGUCUCUCAAAUUGCUACAUGUGGAGACCUUCGAUGCAGACCACGAACGACCCCCAUCGCCCAGAGGUUGUGUAGGAGACGUCGAGGCGAUACCGCUACCGACGACCUUUGCGAAAAUAGAUAAGUUGGUGCCAUUUCCCUUGGUCAGAGAAAUAGGAGUGAAAGCAUUCAUCGUAUAUCUUUCGGAACUGUUAGGACUAAAAUACUACAAAACCAGCUUGCUGCAGUUUUGGUUCCUUGAUAUCCUGACCGAUAUAAUCUGGAGAGCACAGGAUGAGUACCAAUUUCCUGACCAACGGCAGAAAUGUAUCGUGGAGUGGAUAUUUUUUAUGUUCGACCUGAUUAGAGCUCCGGAUUUGAAUUUGGGAAGAAAAGAGGUGUUCAAGAUUUUGGAAGAGGCGCUAGCAGUCGCCGAAGAGCACAUUGAAUCAGGCUGUAACCAGCUACCCGUCCCAGACGAACUUUUCACGAUAGCUUCACAACAAGAGGAAGAAAUAUCACAAGAGAGUCUUACUAGUGACGAAGAGGAAAAUGUUGCAAGUACAUCAACUGUGUCCAUAGACCCUGUAGAAAAUAAAUCUUAUAGUUAUUUGGCAAUAGAGACCGAAAAUAAGUUUGAGUAUUUCAAACUGCCAGAUAAGCAAUGCGAAUGGAAUGAUGUUGACGACUGCAUGAGCACUUCAAUAGAGACAGACUCAGAAGACGAGGUACGCGUUGUCGCUGCUCAGUCAAAAUCAGAAGUCGUUGAGGAGGAUGUUGAGGAUGAUUUUGAUCCAGCAGAAUUCUACAAACCGGACUCGCGAGUGCCUUCAAGAUUUUUACGCAGAGACUCCGAGGAGGAAGAAGAAGAAUCUGAAGAUGUAUCUUAUGAUAGUGUGUCUAAGGAAGAAAGUGUCCAUUCUCAGCGCCCAAAAUGGAUAGCGAGAUCGCGGAAUCACCAGUUGGAUCCUUGUCCAUCCCUCGUUAUUCAUGCCAAACAAGAAUGUAAUGAAGAAGAAGAAGCAGAUAACGAAAAAAAGAAAGAAGAAGAUACACUCCAGGCCUGGUUUGACUACCACAUCUGGCAAUUAAGAAUCGAAAACAUGGCAGAUCCCAGCAAAGGUUCCAUAUUUGAUUCCACAUCCAUCGAUACACUCACUGAAAGCGUUUCUCAAGAAGAACGAAGGCUUUCGAAUAUAUAUCAAAUGAAUGUCGAAGAUGAUAAUGUUAGGCAAAUGAGACAAAACAUGUUCGUUAAUACCUGCGUCCUUCUGGCAAUCAAGGAAUUUAUGUAUGACUAUUUCUACAGCAAUUUUCAGUUUGCUCUAAUCAAAACUGCAUGUAGCUACACACAUUACCUUGUAACACAAAACUUGACUGAUGAGUGGAACAUACCAAAGCUUUUCAGAGGUGAAUUUAAAAGGCCCGCUCCAAAGAAGCCGAAAAAGACUAAACUCGAGAAAAAGAAACAAGACAAGAAGGAAAAGAAAAAGGAUAAGGGGUCUAAGAAGGAUAAAAAGUCAAGCAAGAGUAAGAAAUCAAAGGACAGCAAAGGUAAGAAGAAAGAGUCAAAAGAAGGAAAUAAACCCGGAGGACUCACAAAGGAAGAAAAAGCUGAGAUGCUCAGAUUACAAAGGGAACAGGCGAGAUUGGAGGAGGAACAAAGGAUAGCAGCAACAAAUAGGCAGUUCUUGUUUCCUUUGACAGAUGCCGCAACGGACGAAUUCUUCGAAGGCGUUUUUGAGAAUUGGGUGAAACCGAAGAAGAAAGAGAAAAGGACGAAAGGCAAAGAUAAGGGUAGUCAGAAAAGCAGCAAGUCUAGCAAAAAGGGAAAAAACUAAUAUUUACAUUUACCUUGUAAAUAUCUAUCGGUGUC